AUCAACCUUGCGUCUGCACGCACGUGUCGUCCGCCUUGCAGGAUUAAGGGUCAAGCUGGGCGGUUGCAGCGGGUAUGCAAUCUGACCUUCAUAUCUACAUUUCAUCUUCCACACAUCCCCUACAAAAUGCAUUGUGACAAGGCGCCGAGCUAUUGUUCAUCUGUCAAUUUCUAUCUUAUAUCACGCAGGUGGACGGUAUCGGCUCCAAUCUGAGCUUGUUUACCUCGUUGACCAACUCCAGCGAAUCACUGACUAGGUCUUCGAAAUAUCAAGGCAAGACUUUUCUACUCCCAUCUUCCCAUCAAAGAAACAACUUGCCAGACAUCCCAUGUCUGCAGCCGUUAGAGUCUGAAGCACAGAAACGCAGACUACAAUAAGGAUAGCAGAAGAUGCUCGGGCCCAUUUCAAGUCUCCCGCAUCUCGCGAUGCCUCAAAGACUCUUUCCGGGACGGUUGAGGCCAGGUUAUCGCCUAAACACCCCAGACGUGGGCAUCGGCAGCACAGCGAUUGAAGUCAUGGUCGGAGGUGCCUCUUUUUGUGAACCAGCCGCCUUGUUUUCUCUUUUAUACAUACCAUACGGAUUCUAUGGCAGCAUAUAUAGAUGCCUCGCGCUGGCUCUUGCGCAAAACAGCUUCAGCCAUACUCGGCUCAGAGGGGCUUUCACUGCCUACGCUCUCGCUGGCAUGAUCAGCCCAUUAGAACUCCCUCUAUCCAUGCUAUUCUAAUAUCAG